CUCAAGCAAAACUUGCUAAAUGCAUUUAAAAACCGUUUAUGUGACUGUUGGCACUACAAAAUUCGAUGCCCUCAUUGAAGCCAUAACGUCGGAGUCGGUUCUGAAGGCCCUACAAUCCCGGGAGUGCCGCCAGCUCAUCCUCCAGCAUGGCAAUUCCCUGCCGAAGAGUGUGGAGGAGUCUCGCCUAAUAAGUCAGCAAUACGGCAUACAAUUGGAGCAGUACACGUUUCGACCCAAUAUAGAGGAUAUAAAGGCCGCCGAUUUGAUCAUUGGACAUGCCGGCGCUGGCACCUGCAUGGAUAUACUGACCAACGGCAAGGUCGGGCUCAUUGUGGUCAACGACGAGCUUAUGGACAACCAUCAGCAAGAAUUGGCAAGGCAGCUGGCCACCGAGCGGUACCUUUACACAUGCAAACCCAGCCAGUUGGCCGUGCAACUCGAAAGCCUAGACUUUGAGUCACUCAGACCCUACGAGUCGGCCGAUGAGAAUAUGCUGAAAUUUGUGAAAGCUCUUGACGAACUGACGGUCCAGCGAUAGACACAUUCCGCUAGCAAGUAGUGUUUGUUUUUUGGUGCUGACCCCUUAAGCGGGCGCUAUGCUAUUUAUUUAUGAGUAUACGAUUAGAUAUAAUAAACACGACGGCAGACGACGAACUACA